AUGUCUGCUCCCCUCGGGAAAACAAAUGGCGGAAACGCUGCCUUCACCAAUUUCAACAACAAGUUCGCUCACAUCACGGACCCACAUGAGCGUCGUCGGCUGGCCCUGGCCGAGAUCGAUAAGGCUCCAUUUGGCUGGUACCACGUUCGUGCCGUGGUGGUUGGAGGAAUCGGUUUCUUCACCGAUGCCUAUGAUAUCUUCGCCGUCAACUUGAUCACCUCGAUGUUGGGUCUCGUGUACUGGACAGGUGGCCUGAUUCCCGGCAACUCGGACACUGCUAUCAAGGUUUCGACUUCGGGAGGUACCGUUAUCGGCCAGCUGGGAUUUGGAUGGCUGGCGGAUGUCGUCGGCCGCAAGAAGAUGUACGGACUCGAGCUGAUCGUCAUCAUCGUCGCAACUCUGGCACAAUCCCUCACCUCGGAGUCCUACUCGAUGAGCAUCGUCGGUCUGCUCGUCUUCUGGCGUGUCAUCAUGGGAAUCGGUAUCGGUGGUGACUACCCGCUCUCUUCCAUCAUCACUUCGGAAUUCGCAACUACUAAAUGGCGCGGUGCCAUGAUGGGUGCCGUGUUCGCCAUGCAAGGUAUCGGUCAGUUGGGCGCUGCUCUGUGCGCCCUGAUCGUCACCGUGGCCUUCAAGGAGAAGCUCAUCGGCAAGGCGAUCAAUGAGUGCGAUGACGAGUGCAAGACCGCCGUCGACAGGAUGUGGCGUAUAAUCAUCGGCUUCGGUGCCGUUCCCGCCUGCAUCGCACUCUACUACCGUCUGACCAUCCCCGAGACCCCGCGAUACACCUUCGACGUCCAGUUCGACAUCGAGAAGGGAGCAGCCGAUGCCGCCAAAUUCACCUCUGGAGAGCACGGCAACGCCGACGUCGACGAGAUCACGCGCAUCCAGACCCAAGUCGCCGCGACCAAGGAGCUCGAGAUCCCAAAAGCCAGCUGGGCCGAUUUCUGGGGCCACUACAGCCAGUGGCGCUACGGCAAGAUCCUCCUCGGCACCGCUGGCUCAUGGUUCCUCCUCGACGUAGCCUUCUACGGCCUCGGCCUCAACAACAGCAUCAUCCUGGACGCCAUAGGCUACAGCUCGCACACCGACGUCUACGAAAAACUCCACAACAACGCCGUCGGCAACCUGAUCCUGAUCUGCGCCGGGUCCAUCCCCGGCUACUGGGUGACGGUGUUCACCGUCGACACCAUCGGCCGCAAGCCGAUCCAGCUGAUGGGGUUCGUGCUGCUGACCAUCCUAUUCUGCAUCAUCGGCUUCGCCUUCGACAAGCUCUCUGGCAACGCGCUUCUCGGCCUCUACGUGCUCUGCCAGUUCUUCUUCAACUUCGGCCCGAACGCGACGACGUUCAUAGUUCCUGGCGAAUGCUUCCCCACCCGCUACCGCUCGACAUCCCACGGAAUGUCGGCCGCCGCCGGAAAAGUAGGCGCCAUCAUCGCACAGGUCCUCAUCGGCCCCCUCCGCGUCCGCGGAAACCCUACCCCCGAUAAUGAGAGCCCAUGGCUCAACCAUGUCAUGCAGAUCUUUGCUGCGUUCAUGUUUGCCGGUAUCUGGACGAGUCUGCUGAUUCCUGAGACGAAGAGGAAGACACUGGAAGAGCUCUGUGGGGAACUGUAUAAUGAGGGUGGCGUGAGGAGUGCUAAGGAGGAGGAGGCGGGGGUGGGGGAGGAGGGGGAGGGGGCGAGGGCGAGUAAAGAGUAG